CGAUAACACAGACAACUUUAAUACAUUGGAUGUUGUAUGGUUUUAUGCGUGUGUGUAGAAUUCUAUAAAAUAUGGACAAAAACACUAGUAGUUACAUAGGACCGUCAAUAUGUGAUAUUGUAAAAGAGAAAAUAGAGCGGUUAUUUUACGUGGAAGUGACGGUUGCGCCGCUUUCCCAUCCGGCCGCCGACGGCGUGCCUCAUUCCGUCUUCAAGAUCACCGGGGACAGGAUGGACAGGGCAAAUGCUAGGAACUACCUGCAUGCGUUCGGUGACGGGAAGGGCGUGGUUCAGAAGUCUGUGCGGCUGUCAUGUGAUACUGGAUACAGGGAGUACGUGGAACGGGAAACCAGCGCCGUCAUUCAGCCCAUAGAUGGCAGCAACAACGAAUAUACAGUCCGAGGAACGGAUCUGGCCCACACACUGGCCAUGACGCUACUUGAAGAUUAUGAAGUGGCCAAAACCACCCCACAUAUGGCGGUGGAGCAGACAACGCCCAAGGGAAAGGUACACCGACGCUUGUCAACAGCGCUGGAGCAGACACUUAUCAAAACUAACCACAAGCGCAGCAAGUAUGACCAAGCAUCGGACGCUGUAGUGAAAGCCAUAGCAUGUUGCAUGAUGGCGACCAACGAAGAGGAUGAGGUCUAUGAUGAUGACGACGUCAUACUAAUUGAAGACUCAGAAGAUGAGGAUCAUCCAGAGGGCGAUAUAAGUGGUGAAACUGAGGAUAUGGAUGGUGAUGAUGAUGUGAUGAUCAUCGAGACGCCGAGCAAUCCUGAAAAUGAAAGCAGUCCAGAGAAUGAAGACCGUCGUUUUUUUAGUAAGGAGUUUGGACAAUGUUCAGGGGAGAGCAAUAACGAAGUGACACCUGAUAAAAGUGAGGGCGAAGUUGACAGUUUAACAAAAGCUUUAGAAGGACUGCAAACCCCAUCGGCAGAUUUAGCGAAACGUGGAAUAUUUAAAUUUCGACCAAGCGCGGCUGUGCGACCUCUGAACUUCUCGGUAGAGAGUAAAGUUCCUGAUACCCAUAGUGACAAUGUGGAAGGAAUUGAAGCAGAGAAUGAACGUCAAAACAAAAAAUAUGAAGAAGAAAAGUUCUCUAAACUGAAGAAGCGGGGAGUUACAAAGUGUAUUAUAUCUUCAAAAACUCGUGGUCGUGCAUCACCUGAGCCGGAAGACGUACAUUUAAGUAAGAAAAGGUGCACAGGAAACAUAAUAUGUAUAACUGAUGGCGAUGAAGAGUCGAGUACGGGAGACACCUCCUCGAAACAUAAAAAGAAGAAAAAGAAGAAGUCAAAGUCGAGGUGGGAUAAAUCUCCAAAGGCAUCCCGCAGAGACAAGGAAAAUAGAAAGAGGAGUACAAAGGAUGGUUCAAAUAAACGGGGAUCCGACGCAACUAAAAGCGAUUCAGACAUACAGGGCUCUGUCGCUACUCAAGGCUACGAUAAGUGGAAUUUUGUUCCAACUUCAUUUGAAUUCAGACGUCACAUGAUCGGUAGGUCCCCCUUAACUCCAAUACAUGUACAUGUCAGCGACACCAGGGGGGUGACAGUAGUGGAUAGGGGGUCUGACAGCGGACCGAUCAGGAAUGAGGUGGCUCAGAUAGGCGGGCAAAGGCGCCUCGUGUCUGACAACGUUUCGACCGGAGCUUUGCUGGACCAGACAGACGGUCCUAAACGUCCGCUCCCGACAUCUAGUAGCUCGAUGAAAGAACAGAGGAACCUUCGCUACAUCGUCAUUGACGGCAGCAACGUGGCCAUGGGUCAUGGUGGUAACAGUAAGGAGUUCUCGUGCAUGGGGAUCCGCCUAGCAGUGGAAUACUUCCGGAAUCGCAGGCACCGCGACAUCACGGUUUUUCUUCCUCAGUGGCGAAAAUGCCGACCGCCCCCGGGAGUGAGCGUUACCCAUCGGCACGAGCUAGACCGUCUGGAGGAGGAGGGGUUUCUCGUCUACACGCCCUCCCGCCGCAUCGGCAACAAACUCGUGGCUUCCUACGACGAUAGGUUCAUCGUGGAGCUUGCGGAGCGGGAGGACGGGGUGAUUGUAAGUAACGACCAGUACAGGGACCUGCAGCUGGAGAAGAACUCCUGGCGCCGCGUCAUUGAAACUAGGUUGUUGAUGUUUACGUUUGUCCGCGACCAUUUUAUGGUCCCAGAAGAUCCCCUUGGACGGUAUGGGCCCAACUUGGACGACUUUCUGACCCUCGACAAGCCUCCCUACCGCUUUUCCGUACCAUCACGUGACCUGCGCGAAACGUUGACCCGAAGAUCCGAUCCAAGCUAUAACCUCCACAAACACCUCGAAUCCAUUUCCGGUGGCCGUGAUGUCGGAAGGGUUGCCGGCGGUUUCCAAGCCGACAUGCUAUUACACCGCCGCUAAUUUCGACGAUCACUCAAACCUAGCCCAGCCAGAUGUUGGAUGGCCCGCCCAACCGAUUGACUUUUAUACUAACAACCGCAUGAGUCCCGAUGCUGAUUUUGAUUGUAUUUACUCCAGCGAGCCGGAUUAUGAAUUGCAAACCAGCCUGCUUGACUUUUAUUCUCGCUUCCAUUUAAACCCCAACUCUGAAAACGACUGUAAUGCUGUAUACCAAAUGGAGCUAGAAGUUGAAUCACCAACCGCACCGACGGACAUAUAUGCUCGCUGCUAUGUAUAUCCCACCGUUGAAUACGAAGCUACCAUGUACCUGACCGAGCCUGAAGUGGGAUUGCCCUCCGCAUCGAUGGAGUUUUAUUCUCGUUUUGUGAAUCUCAUCGCUAAAUAUGAUGAUCCCGUGUACACGACAGAGCCGGAAGAAGGAUUGCCCGCGAUGCCGAUGGAGUUUUAUACUCAUCAUUUGAUUUCCAACACUGAAUACAACACCCCCGUGUACCAGCCUGAUAUACUCCCGUGUACCAGCCUGAUAUACUCCCGUGUACCAGCCUGAUAUACCCCCGCGUACCAGCCUGAUAUACUCCCGCGUACCAGCCUGAUAUACUCCCGCGUACCAGCCUGAUAUACUCCCGUGUACCAGCCUGAUAUACUCCCGUGUACCAGCCUGAUAUACUCCCGUGUACCAGCCUGAUAUACUCCCGUGUACCAGCCUGAUAUACUCCCGUGUACCAGCCUGAUAUACUCCCGUGUACCAGCCUGAUAUACUGAU